AAUGGUGUUCUUCUUGUCAAGCCCUCAGGACCAUCUGGGGCCAGUGGAGCACCAGGUCAAGCUCUUCUGGUGCCAGUGCCAAGUCAGCCUCAAAUGUUAAGUGCUGGAGCCAAAGCAGGUCAGCCUCAGACAGUGGUGUUCCCCGGUAAUGGACAGGGAGGACCAGCAUAUGUCAUUCCACAGCCUGGCUCCUCAGCUUUAGGUGCUCCUGGAGUGAUGGGGGCAGCACAAGGCUCUCGAGGGCCACAGCCCAUCAUCCGCCUGGUGGCACCUCAAGCCCCAUUACAGCUUCAGCCAAUUCAAACUCCCAGUGGACCUGCUUUAGUUGCUGUGCCAGCUGGUCAGGCAGUCAACCUGCAAGGUUUGCUAACUACUGGAGGUGCUACUGUGCGCACCCUUACCCCACAGGUGGCCUCAGGUCCUCUACAACUUGCCCCCUCCUCAGUGGCUCCCCCCAGCAUGGCUCCUGUGGGACACAUACAAAUACCAGGAGGUGGGCAACCCAUUCAGGUGUCUGUCCCUGGAGCGCCCCUCCAGCUGGCCACCUCCCUCCCUUCCUCCCUUCCGUCUGUGAUAACCACCACUAAGCAAACUGUGAUAGAUGAAUCUGUGGCUCCUGCCUCAAUUGUGACAGCUGCUGAGGUAGGAACACAGCAUCAGACUGUAACAGACUCUAGUAAAAACACUAAGAAAAAAUCUAAAAAGAAGAAAAGAGAGAAAGAAACUAAAGAUGAAAAACUCAAGGGAAAAGGUUCUUCAAUAAAUUUAAAUGAUAUUCUAAGAGAGAGUGGCAUUGAUGGUGAUUUGAUGCUUUUUGAUGAACCAGAUUUAGGUUUAGGAGGGGAAGGGAUGGAGGGCGUGCAGGUGACGACCCCUGCCGCUGCAGCUCAGGUGACGGCAGUGCCAGCCAUGGUAACACCCGCACCAGUGGUGACUCAAGCUCCCAUUGUGAACCCGGUACAAGCAGUCCCCACGGCAGACACCAGUGUCAGCUUUACUACUCCCAGUGAGAAUGCAAACCAUAUCGUAGUUGGCUCCUCAAACCAACACCCGCUGAUUGGAAUGAGCAAUGCCAUCGUCACGGGCACGGUGGUAACCAAUGCCUCGCAAACUGGAUUGAUUACCACUUCAAGCAUGCCCAGCGGAAUGAGCAUUACUCUGGAUCCAAGUGGCAAGUUUAUUUUAGGUUCAGAUCCAACAAAAGCUCACAUUGGUCCCCCGCUACCGACAGCAACUCAGGUUGGAGGGUUGGUGAUCCCUACCUGCCAGUCACAAGUGCAGGUGAUUGGUGGAACAAAUGUGGGACUGACUUCUUCACCAAGUAAUGUUACCAGCGGGAGUGUGAGCAAUGGCAUUGGCAGCAGCAUGCCCACCAUCAUGGCUGGCAGUGCAGGCACUGGGAUUGUAGCACCAAACACGCUGCCUGUUGCGUCCUUGCCAUCGUUCACCCAGCUCCUGACGUCCCCAACGCAAGUCACAUCAAAUGUGGUGGUCCACGGGCACGGCAUCACUGCCAAGAGCAAGCCUCUGCAGUUACAGCAAACAGCCUCCAAGUUGACACAAGUCACCUCAAAGAGUCAGACAGGGGCAGAUAUCUCCAGAGUGGCCCAGAACACCCACUUGCUGCAGGCAUUGCACCUUCCUGCCUCAGAAAAACCUUUAGCAAGCAAUGGGCAGCCUCUCCUCACUUCACUCAUAUCAGGGCCACAGGCAACACCCAGCAGCAGUGGGGAGCAGCUGGGGGUUCCAGUACAAGUCUCGGUCUCGGAUGGAGGACCCAUGCUCACGGUGGUUAGUGUUGGAGGUGUGAUGAGCUUACCUGAGGGUAUAGUUUCUACUGGUACAACUCUUUCCUCGCCAGCUCCUCUUAGCAUACUGGUGCCCAGUCAAGCUAGCCAAGUGCCUCAGAGUUCUGCUGUGAUUGUGUCUUCUAGUGCUACAAACAGUGUUGUGUCUGGUGCUAUUAUAAGCAGCAAACAUUACGUCUCCAACUCUGCACUCAUUCCACAAACUAGUGUAAGUUUUACUAACACAGAAAAUGUGCCAAUAUCUAAAGGUCAUUCCCAAAUUUCAAAUCCUUCGCAAGAAAAUGUUCCUAGUCAGACAAGUAAUGCUUGCACUUUUUUAACAAAAAGUAGUGAAAACCACACUAAAAUUCCUAGCUUUCAAAAUGAAUAUGUUGCGACUCUUCAAAGGGGUCAGAAUAUCAUAGACCCAAGUAAGAACAAAACUAAAUCAAAUAAAAAGAAAAAGAAAGAUAAAGAAACAGAUUUAAUAUCUUCAGUAAAUGCAAGCACAAUGGUUGUUAAGCAGAGCUUGCAAGAACGUUUGAAAUCGGGCACGUGUACAAGUACAAGUGGAACCAUCCAGCAGCAACUGCCCUUGGCAACCAUGCUGAAUGGGCUCAGUGGUCCUGCCAUUAAGACUGUCUCCCACAGCCUGGGAAGCUCCACACCCACUGCAUCCUUGCCUUUGACCAUUGAAGCUGGUGGGCAAUGUGAUACCACACCCGUGGUGGGUGCCAACACCCCCACUGCUGCUCCUCCCAUCACAGUCACCACUUCAGGAAUAGCAACAGCCACAGUCACCUCCCAAUCGUCAUCCACCACAACCACCGCCACCAUCACCUCGGCCACCACAUCCUCGGGGGUCAUGUUCUCUGUUCCUAAGCAGCAGUUCAAGCAUGUCAAGCAACUCAUCCUCUCUCCACAAAAUCAAGAGGCACUCAAGAAGGUUCAUGCCCAAAUCCAAGUACUCCAGAACAAGAAGACUGACCAGGAUCAUGCAGGUCUUCAGCAGCUGUAUGCUGAGUGCCGCAAGAUAAUGGCCACAGGGAAGCCGGUCACUGUCACCACUACACAACAACCACAAAUAACUUCAACACCAAGUCAGCCCACUCCUGUUCGUUACUCCCACCCUGUUGGACACAAGAUCAUCACGCUUACUCAAUUCAAGCAGCAAAUAAAACAUUUACCUCAGGACCAACAGAGACAAAUAAUGGAUCAUAGCAAACAAGUGUUGCAGAGGUGCAAAGAUCCGGGCACUGCCUCCUUUUCUGUGACAUCUUCCCCCACCCUGCAGACUUCCUCUCACCUCUCUCCCAGCACCCAGAUUACAGGCAGCAAUGGCUCAACCAAAAUCACCAUCAGCCAUGGGGCAAGCAUGCCCACCAUUGCCACGUCCGUGUCUUCCCCCACCAUACCCACCACCUCCACCACUGUGUCCAGCUGCAGCACCACCAACAGCACCCUCAGCUAUGCCAAGAUAGCCUCCCCGCACUGCUCACCGGUGUCCUCCUCCACAUCUGCCAUGAGUCACCUCAGCUCCCUUGGACCGUCCCCAAAGAGCCUGGUCCAGCCAGGCAUGGUGCUGCCACCCCAGUUUUCCCCCCACAACAGCUCUGCAUCAGGCAUGCAGGAACACUCCCCAAGCCAACCCAAGACAGCUACAGCAUACAGCAUCACUAAGGAACAGCUUUUUGAACAUCAGCUCAAGACUGACCAAAAUGGAGCCCUCAAUCCUGACUACAGAACUCCAUUCAAGAAUAAGAUUGAUGCCUGCAAGCGUCUCAUUCGCUACCACGUGUUCAAUGAGUGUGCUUUCACCCCGUGGGAGUUAGCAGAGUCCAAUGCCCAAUAUGAGUUGCAAGCUGAAGCCCUUCUGAAAAAGUUUAAUAAUAUGAAGUACAAGUAUCAAUCUCUACUUGUGAAAGACAGCAUGCGCCGCCACGCGUCUUCAGAGACUGUGAUGCUAUAUCGGCUGUUUCUGCAAGAAGACAAAAACAAUUUUGAGAAAGAGAAGGCAGAUGUUCAGAAUGGUAAAACACUGGAAGUUCCACCAAGUACUGUUCACCAUGCCUGUAGUGAGAUUGUGAACUCUGAUGGCCUCUAUCCUUGGGAAUUGGAGUGGGAAAGUCAAAAACUCUACAAAUUUGAUCCAUGGAAUAAACACGUGAAACAGGAGGAAGAGGUUGAAGAUGAAGAUUUAUUUGCUGAUAGUACUCUGAAUGAUGUCAUCAAGAGAGAAGUUUUAGACAAAAGUGAGACCACAGACACCGAAGAAGUGAUAGUAGAGGAGGAGGAUGAGGAGGAGGAUGAGGAGGAGGUGGAGGAGGAGGAGGAGGAAGAGGAGGAGGAGGAGGAACAGCAGCAGCAUCGUGAAGAAAGCAAGAAGGAAAUUGGCAUUGUGGAUGAUAAUGAAGAUCAGGGAAAGGAAGAGAAGGAUGAAGCAAGAGCAGGCAAUGAAACCAUGAACUUCAUGAGUGAGAAAGAUCUGAAUGACUUUGAUGACAGUCAGGAAGGAGAGACUUGCCUCCACAUACACACUGGAGAUGAAGAAGAGAAAGAGGAUGAAGAGAAUACUAAGGCAGAGAAGGAUGAAGAAGAGGAGGAGGAUGAAGAGGACGAGGAAGAUGAGGAUAGACAGGAGAGUCAUCUAGUCACAAAAUAUAACAGCAAGAAAGAGGAACAGCAUUCUCCAUCUCCUGUUCCAAAAGUGAGCUGCAACAAUCUUAGUGACUCUGAUAGCAUGGAGGAGAAGGAUGGGGAGGAUGAAAAAGAUUCUGAGCAUGAGGAGGAGGAGUUGGUGAUUUGCGAUGGGGAGGUUGCGUCUGGCAGUCUCAACAACAGUCCGGUGAACAGUGAUGUGACUACAUUAGCCAGUCCCAGUCGUGCAUCCUUGAUAAACUGUGAUGACAGUGUGCUGCCCUCAAGGUUUUCUGAACAUUUGUGUGAUAAUCUGAGGCUCACAAGUGAUGCUUCUAAGCCUCUAAAGUAUGCAACUUUAGACAUUCCUAGUAACAAUUUGUGCAAACCAGUUCAUUCUCUGCCAGUCAAAACUCUAAGUGAAAAAAUGGAUAAAGAGAAACGUAGAGAAAGAGUGGAUAAAGAUAAGAAAAAAUCAGAAAGGACUAAAGUUAAAGAAAGAGGAAAAGACAGAGAAAAGGAAGACAGACCACCAAAGAAACUGAAAAUUAAAUUCAAGAGUGAGGAGCGUGCCCUUGUUCCUCCUCUGCGCAUCAGGACAGAGGAACGUGGUCUGAAAUUAACUCUAAAGAAACAGGAAGGUUCUGGAGCAUAUUACAGUGUGGGUGAGGAGAGGAAGAGGGAGUACAGAGUGGAGCAAAAUGAGGAUGAGGAGGAGGAGGAGGAAAUGGGUGAUAUCAUGCGACCAUUUGAAGAGGAGGAGGAAGUAAAUGAGGAUGGAGAGGGACAUGGCAGUAGUCUGAAAGAAGUGAAAGUGGUGCUUCAGGAUGUUUUAAAAGAUAAAAGGUUUAAAAAGCAGGUAGAGGAAAAAAGUAGCAAGAAGAGACGAAAAGAAAAAUGUGAAGAGAGGAAUGACAAAAAUGAAAAGAAUGACAGAAAUGACAGUCUGUACAAUCCAAAUUCUCAUUGGAUAAACUAUUCACAACAGUUGCACCAAAAUGAUGGUGAUAAAAAGUUCCCACAAAGCAUAACCCAGGAUAGCAGGACUUGGAACUGUAACCCCGGAGAGUGGAGGAAGAGUGGUGGUGAAGGUGCUUCCAAUGUUGACCAUUCUAGCGACCACAAGACACGAGACUACAGUUCCCAUUUAUAUUCGUACAGUGAGCACUAUGGAAACGAGUACUCUGGUCGGCAUAAUCAUUCUCAGCCAUACGGGCAUUCCGGUAGUCAGCAGAGGAAUUCACACAGCUAUUAUUGAUUUAAGGUCAUUGGGUGUGUUCCAGAUGUGUAUGGUUUGUUGCCAUUUGAUUUCCAGAUAUUUCUAUUAGCUGCUUUAUUUCCAGAUAUCUUGCAUUAUGUCCAUCAGGUAUUGGCAAAUGAUGUGUUUGGAUGCAAAGGCAUUUCUGAGGUGUUCAAAGGUGUUCAGAAUAGACAUUACUAAAUUAACAGAUGAUAGGUAAUUAUUUGUGGGGGGUUCAAGAGUUUUAUGUUGCACAAAUACUCACACAACCUUUAGCAACAUGAGUUGACUUGUAUAUUGAUAGUUAUCAAACCUUGAUUGUUGUGGUGUAUUAAUAGUACAUUAAUUUUAUAUUUUCAACAUAUGGCUGUUUGCUAUGAGUCAUCUUCCUUCUAGCCUCUUUAUGUUGAAUCUAGUCCUACUCACCUACCCUUCUGGAUGUAAAUAGCCAGGUAAUAUUUGCUCAGUAAAGAGUGUCUAGUUGGAAAGGGGAAUCCCCAGAUUUGAUGACUCAAUUUUUAUGGUUAUGUUACUUUACUGAAGUGUGUUUUGGUGGUGCACGGCCGGAAUGCACAGCUAAGCUAUUAGCAGCAAAAGUACUUGGGACUUUCUAAUUUGAAGGCAUCUAAGUAUGGGAAUUUAGAUAUAGGAUUUCCCAUGUGAUUGUCGAUUUCGGCAGAAACUUUUUAAUACUUAAAAACCCUGUGGUGUACCUAUGUUUCAGUAGGUGUAAAUGUUUAUAGGAUCCUGUAUUAUUUAAACCAAACAGUAAAUUCAUGGAUAAUGCCCUUAAUAAGGAAAACUCUCAUUCUCAAAGUAUGUGAUCUCAAGUGUGAUUUUUUACAAGCUUGUCUCAUUUUUUCUAACUGUUGCAGUGGUAUGAAGUCCAGUUUGUGUGUACAUUUUUUUCUGCCAGGUACUUAUGAAUAAUGUCCCAUAGGUUGUUGAAAUUUUCAGGGAGUCUGAGCCUAGGUACUGCAAUGGAAUGAUAAUUUUUUGGGAGGUUGACUAGUUUUUGUCACAUGGUAGUUCAUCUGCAGUGUGUUGUAUGCAAAAACCAGUCAGUAUGUGCUGUUAUGCUUUUGCCCAGUAAUAAGCAUGAUUGUUGGUUAAUACUUCUUCCAUACAUACAUGCAUUGUCAUAUCAUUACAGACAUCUAUAUCUACUUAAUUACCAUAAUUCCUGCAAGGCCGUUAAUGCUGCCUUGUUACGUGUUAUUAAAGAUACGUAAUAAGAUUAAGUUUUGGGAAUGUGGAGCAAACAAGAUCCGACUUGCCACAGGUAGACUGGCUGCUUGAGAUAGAAUGCUUCCAGUGGGGGACAUUCAAAAUUUCUUUUCAUUAUUCAUAAUGCAAGAUUAUUUUUCUCCAUAAGUAAAGAGAAAGAAAAUCAUAAUACAUACAUAAUUGCCAGGAGGACAUACUGCAAUAAUGUGGUGAAAAGUAUGAACAUUUACUCUCCUUUGUUACAACCAGUGAUGUAUGAUGCGGAACUCUUGUGAUAUUGCUGACAUGAAAAAUGUGUUAUGGCUGGUUGACUUUUGAUGCUGAACAAAUGCUAUUAUUUGUAUUGGCAAUGGUGGCCUAUCAUGUGGCACAUGAAAUGGUCUGAGAUGGCCAAUACCAAAUGCAGUGAGACAAAGUGAGACCACACCUGAUGUGGAUGUGUUCAUACUCCAAACAGCAUUGUGCCACAAGUCCAACAGCUGCAACACAACUUGAUUAUUGUACAUGUCACAGUGAAAGAUAAAAUUCUUGUUGUGUACCUUGUGUUUGUAUAAUGCUAAUUUUCUAUGAAAAAUAUUGACCAAUAAUACCACAGUAAAUGACCCUUACAUCAUACAAUUCAGGAUUUUAUAGAUGGAAAUACUGAUUAGUGAUGUAUGCUUACUGCCUGAUAUAGAGGGAUAUUAUUUGCAACUCAAGUCUCUUGUGGCAAAGAUAACCGUACUAGAGCCUGGCCUCUCAAUCAGUGUGCCAGACAGAUAUCCCAACAAAGGAGGAGGUAUCUAGAAGACGAAAAGUAUAUAUAGUCUUGUGGCAUGUAAUGAAGCUGUACUAUGGCUGUUGUCACUAGCUCCAGAGAUAAUAAGAGUGGUGAUAGUUUAUGUUGCCCACACUCUACUCAGAACACACACAACAUUCACCAAUAAACCUGAUGUAUGCCUAUACUUAUAUGGUACAGGACUGAAAAGACAUAGCAGCUGGUGGAGUUUAUCACAUCUUUUCUGCAUCAGUAUGUGCACCACUCCAAGCCUCACAUGCUUGGUUUUGGUCUAUUUUCAUGUUUUCAUUUGCAAAAUGGUAGAUAACCAUUGCCAAUACAAAGCACAGUAAGGAUAGGCAAACCAUUCUGGUGCAUUAAAUAAUGACUGUCUUUAGCAUGUGUCCAUUUGCUAUUUUAGAAUUUACAUGUAAUUUUCUUUUUGUGGCUUAUUUUUCAGUAUCUCCAACAUUUCAAAAGUGGAGGAGUGGCACAAAAUCUUGUGUCAGUGUUAAAAGUUGCAACACAGGUGCGCGAUUACACAGUACUGCCAGUUACUGGAGAAGGCAGGAGGCAUUCCACCUACCUAAUGUUACAAAAAAAAAAAAAAAAAAAAAAAAAAAAAAAAAAAAAAAUCAGAAUGCUCUUUUUCUCUUGAAAAAUUCUGUUCGCUUGAGCAUUAUAAGUAGUAAAAUACUAGAUGAUCCCAGAGUUGCAUAAAUGUUCUGGCAAGAUUUCUAUGGAUGUCUUGUCAGUCGUUUUGUAAGAUUUUGUUAUCACUGUAAUCAUAAAGCAAGCCACAAAGGUGUAGUAGCAAGGUACAACAUUCAUUACUAUGAAGGCAGCAGUAUAGACAAGCAUCCCCUCCAAGAUCUUGACAGUGCUAUCCUACAGUUUCUCAGUGAGUACUUUCAUCAGGAGGUGGUGGAUGUGAUGGAAAUCACUGAAGUGUCAUAACAUGCUAUUUUGGGGCAGUAUGAGGCAGAGUGUACACAAAUACCAUUCUUGCCAAUAAAGGCUGGGGCACCUAUUUUGAAGUGCAAGCGAGUGUUGAGCUCAUAACAGCUACAAGCCCAUGGUACUGAUAUAAACAAAAUUUGCACACUUCAAUGUUAAUAAGCCCUCAUCCCACCCCUUCUUUUUGAGGAGAGAAACAUUGCUGCUUUGUAAAAAGUUGGUUGGAUAUGAUUCAGUGACAUUCACCUUUAAAUACAAUGUAAAUAGAAACAUCUUUUCCAAAGAGAAAAUGAACACAUUUCUUGCAACUCCUUAAAAGCAGCACAUGUAUACUAUUGCAUGAAGGUAUGAAUGAAUCAGUUUGUGUUUAUUUAUUUACUUUUUUCUAAUAAUUCAAAGUAAGGCACAUGUCCUUGUGGAUCAUGACAUUCUGAUGAAUAUAACGCUGAAUAUGGAAAAGCAAACCAGUUUUAGGUAAAACCAUAAAUGUUCCCAAAAACUCAUCAGUUUGAAGACCACCAGAACUUGUGACAUAGUACAGGCACAUGAAUGCCUAUAUUCACAUGCUAUUUUAUUCAUAAGUUCAGAGCAAUGUUAUUACUUCAUGCACUAAGCCCAGACACUUGACAUAUCAUGGCUAUAAUGCAGCCAUACCAUGAAGAACAGUUAUAUGAUGCCUCUGUGUGGUAGCAUUCUCAUUCAUGUUCAACCAGUUCCUUGAAAAUCACACACUUCUUAUUAUUUGCAUCAUGAAGAAUACUUUGGGAGGUCAUGAUAAAUGCUUCUAGUAAAUGCGAAAUCAAAUAGUGUGUGUGUGUGUGUGUGUGUGUGUGUGUGUGUGUGUGUGUGUGUGUGUAUACAUGAUUUUGUGUUUGUAUGUGUGGUGAAUGGUAUACAUGCAUAGUUCAUAUCUUCCUGUUCUCUUGGCAGCUAUGUAUCAAUAAGCUUCAGCUGGCUCUUCCAUGUGAACAAGAUAAAAGAAUGCAGUACAGGCAGCAACUUUCUCAUAAUGUGGUUAAUUUCAUCCUUUAAGUUUUCUGGAGGUAUUUGUGAACUCCUUUAAAAGUACAAGUAAUGUAUGCCCAAAAUGGCGAACCCCUGAACGUGAUAUUUUGAUGACAGUAGCAUUCAUACCACACUCAACAGUAAAUUUUUGAGGUUUCAUUUUUCACCUAGGUUUAUAUUUCUAUGAUUUUAUACUACUUGUCCCUUCCAAGCAAAGAACCCAAUGUAUACUUCAACAUGACAAUGAUGAUAAGUAUUUGUGAACUUUGUUGAUAUUUUAUGGUUAAUUUAAUAUUCUGCACUCUUUCUCUAAUUAUUUUGUGCACAUGCUCCCCAAAAAAUGGAGUAUGUACAGUGACACAGACAGCAAGAAUUGGCAGAGGAACCAUAGCACUCGCACACCCAAAAUGUGAAAUCCUAUUGAUGUAAGCAGCGUUAGUUUGUAUUAGCACAUUACAUGCUAAAGGGAACUCUAAUGUAAAGGUACAGUGGUGCACAGGUCAACUCGUCACAGCAGCAUGUGCAUCACACAGUUGUCUGUGGAUGAGCAUUGCUCUGCCUGGAGUCAGUUCUUGUGGGGAAUUACAUUAAUGGUGCUCCUUUGUAAUUUAAUAUUCUGCAAAAGGAAGUUUCAAUGGAAUUUGAUUUACCAAAACUACGUCCAAAAUAUUUUCUUUCUAUUGGACAUGAUACACUUAGCACCAUUACUAUAAUUUUGUAUACCUAUAGGUAGAUACAUACACAGGAAUUACCCAUUAGGUUUCCAUUCAGUGACAAAAUAAUUCCAAACUUUACGGUAAACUAGAGACUGAUUUGAGUUACUCUUUGCAGUCAGCAAUGCCUGUUGUUUUAAGGACUAAUCCAUUUUUCCCUUGUGAUUUUACAAUCAAACUGUGCCAUAUCCACUACUACCCUCCCAUGUUCUUAUAUACAUGCCUGCACACACACACACACACACACACACACACACACACACACACACACACACACACACACACACACACACACACACACACACACACACACACUUUCACUUGCUCAGAGUCAGUUCUUAUUUUUCUGAAGUUAACAUGCAUUGAAAUAUUUCCAUGGAGUUAAAAUGUCCCAAGAGGUGAUUUCUCAAGGGUUUUAUGGGGACUAUCCAGUGCCUUUUUUGAAGAAAAUUUGUUCUGUCAUUAUAAGUAUUUUGUGCUGUAGUUCUGUGUAUAAUAUUCAUAUGUCAUGGAUACUUUCCUCUUCAUUUGUUGUAUUACAUUUGGCAGUGGUAAGAUUUGAAGUGUUAAGCAAAACAUGCUGAAAUGUUUAUUUCUGCUCUAGGCAAACAUAACAAAUGGAGAAACAUAUUUUCAGUAAUUUAUUUUUUAUACCUCAUAAUGUUGUUGAAGUUCAAAUGGAUUUUAAUAAUUUCUUUUUCUUUUUGUGUUUUUGUUGGAAGGGACCUAUGUUUGUCUCUCAGGGUCCAUUAAGUAUGGUAAACUCACAAUAUGUGAUGACUAAAUGUAUCUUUUAAUAAUAAAACAUUAAAUAUAUA